GUAUAAUUGUAUUUUAGAAUCUGAGGUGCGUCGAAAAUUUAAUAAUUUUGAUUGGAAUCAUAUUUCGGGUCAUUUGAGAAUGUGUAAAGAAUAUGAAGAGUUGUAUAAACAAAAAAUCCAAUCGAAAAAACUUAAUCCUGAAACUGAAAAAAAAAUUAAAAAUUUGGAAGAGGUGCUAGAUGUGAUGAAUAUCGUAUUGAUACGUGGAAAGGUUAUAAUGGAAUUGGAAAUGUUAGCGAAAGAGGAAGAAAAAUUAGAUUGGUUUUCUACUUGGUUAGGUAUACAAGAAAAACCAAAGCGCUUAGACAUAGCUGCCAUGAUACGUACAAUGACCCCUGCAGAAAAAAAGCGUUUCUACGAAGACAUAGAUUAUAAUGAGAAUGUACCUGACCCAACUCAACCGAAGAACUAUGAAGACAUUUCCGGCAACUUUCUCUUAGAAAAGUUUGUAAUAAAACUGUACAACAUGAACCACAACAUUUUGCUGGCAAAAUUUUUGGACGUAAAGUUGAACUUGGUUAUGCGUUCAUCAGCAAAUGCAUUAGCCGUAAACGCAAAGAUAAACGCAAUAUUAAUAACUGGAUUAAAUCAAGGUGUUUACAAAGAACCAACAUUAAUGUCAUGUAAUCCCGCCGAAGACGGUGCCCUAUGCAGUGUUUCCUUUGAAACAAAUCCCCUGAACUCUAAAUUUCCACUUAAACUAUACGCAUCCAUAAAACCAAGUACAGUAAUAUACGAUGCUGUUACUAUUAAUACUCUUAUGGAUUUUGUUACUAUCCCUCGUUCUUCAACACUUCAACAAUUGUCAGAUGUGGCAUCUUUCGAUAAUGUAAAAUACCAAUCAUCUGCUAAAAUACAAUACGCAAUUGAUAAUCACAGCCAAAUCGAUUUGGUAAUCGAUUUAUACGCUCCAUAUGUGAUUAUACCAUAUGCCGGACAUUACAGCGGAACAGAAAAUGUAAUAGCAAUUAAUUUGGGACGUGUGAAGUUCGUUUCAAUUGCAGCAGAAAAAUCGGCCAUAAAAGAAAAGCAACGAAAAUAUACCCAAGAAGAGUUACUAGAAGCCCUCAAAGCGGAAAGUUAUGAUAAAUUUAUGUUGAGUUUUUCCGAUUUCCAAGUGCUAUUGGUGCCUGGAUACGAAGAUUGGUUACCUAUAUUGAAAAAAUCCCCAAAAACAAAGUACCACGUUCUUUAUCCAAUGAAUUUGGACAUGGAAUUGUAUAUUUGUUUAGUUGAUUUUGAUCCAAGAUUACCAAAAUGUAAAAUAGAGGGUGCUUUAUCAUCUAUAUCGUUAAAUAUAACUGAUUAUCAACUUGUUUUAACACUUGGCUUAAUUAAGAGUAUUCCUUUUCCUCAAACGGAAGAAACUGCUCCAAUCCGUGUCUCAAAGGAUAAUUUUGAAGAUUUAAAUGUUGUACGCCCAAGCUCACGUUACUUGAAUGUGGAUUAUAAAGCAAUGGAAUCAGCUAUUGAAGCCAAGGUGAAAAAUAAACCAGGUGUACCCGCCCCACAACAUACAAGUUUGGACUUUGACUUUUUAUUUGGCGAACUAAGUGUUAACAUUAAACAUCAAGAAUAUGGUCAAAGCCCAAUUCAAGACGUAGCAAGGAUAUCUUUAAAAUCAUUAGCGGCUAUUUUUAAAGUUCAAACAUACGCACAAGUGAUUAACUUAGAGUUGGAAAAUUUUGCUUUUAAUACAUACCAUAAAAACUUUGAAGUUCCGAUAGUAGUUACGUCGGGAACAUUCAUAAAUGAUAAAGUAUUUGAAAUUAAAUUUUUAAAGGUUGAUAAAAAGUCACCAGAUUUUGCGUCUACUUUUAAAAGCACCGAAACCUUGUUAAGUAUUGAAGUUGAUGUAGUAAAAAUAAAAUUACACCAAGAAAUCCUACAAAGUUUAGUAAAAUAUGUAAAUGAUUUACAAAUCCAAUGUGACGAAGUACUUCGAGAUGAUAAACCUGUUAGACUAAGAGCCAGUUCAUCAUCUGUGAAGAUGGCAAGGAAAUCACUAAACAAAAUGCUUUCUGCUUCGCAGGCACAUAUUGAUUAUAAAAAAUCAAGAAUAUCGUUUCGUGGAUCGGAUACUCCAAAUAUUUUAGUGAAAUUGGAGGCAUCACUACAGGAGUUUCAAGUCACCUUAGCAUCUGAUUUUGGUGAUAUUACAUCUCUGACAGUUAAUAAUGUUGUGGCUCAAAUAAUUAUUAAAGAACCCUAUACUCAAGUCAAUGCUACUUUGAAAAACAUUGACAUAAAAGAUUUAUCGCCACAUACUAAAUAUUUCCAGAUUAUCAAAGUUUUAUCAGACGAAGUAAUAAAUUUCAACUUAUUUCUUUACGACAAACUAAUCGAUACAUCUCGACGUGAAGAUAUGGCUGCUUCAGUUUCCAUUGGUCACAUGGAAAUCGUAUUUCUGAAUUUUUACGUAGCGAGAGUACUGGAUUUUGUUAAUAAAUUUACACAAGCCAGAGACGCGAUAAUCGAAGCUUCUAAAGCAGCUGCCGACAAAGCGAAACAAAACGUAGCCAGUAUGUACGAAAAUGCGACUCAGAUGUUGAUUACCGUUGAUUUAAAAGCACCCAAAGUAAUCAUUCCGGAAAAGUCGUAUAGUUUUUACGGUCUUCAGUGUGAUUUGGGAAAUUUAACGAUAAAAAAUAAAUUUUUGGACUUGAAUAUAAUAAAUGAAAAUACCGGAAGCAAUGUUGUUAUUGAUGAAAUUGUUUUGAGAUUGUCUAAUACACAAGUAUUCAGAAUUGAGAGUAAUAAGGACUUAAACAUACGUCAUAGUAUAAUUAUUGUAGAGCCGGUUAAUUUUAACUUGAAGCUUAAUAGAAAUCUUUCGGCUUCUUGGUAUAAAUCUAUACCUGACAUUCAGGUCAAAGGACAUUUCGAAACAAUUCAGGUCGUAUUAGGACAAGCGGAUUAUGGUGUUGUUAUGGUUACACUUAUUGGAAAUUUAGAAGAAGGAAGCCCACAGUCAGCAGUUGCAACUUCAGAAAUUAAACCAAUUCGUGAAAUACCGUCCGUUAUUGCUGAAACUGCGUGUAGUAAACCAGAUGAUUCGAGUAGUGCUGAUAUUUCAAUUUUUAUUAAAUUUAGCUUGAUUAUGACGAACUUUAGUAUUAAAUUACUUUCUACUGAUGAUUAUCUAAAGAAUCCCCGAUCUUUUAAAACUGCUCGAAGUAAAUUUGCAACGGUAUCCUUUGAGGAUUUUUGUAUUAAAGGUCGGAUGAUGAGUGACGGAGUCCUUUAUGCAUCAAUUGUACUUGUUGAUUGCGUACUAACAGACACAAGAAUUGGAAGAGAAGGCGCGGUAAAUAAGAUGUUUUCAAAAACUUUCCACGCUGAUAUAGAUUCCACUGAUGCUGGUUAUAAAAGUAUGGUAGACAUUAUUUAUCAAAAGAAAGAAGAUCAUACAUAUAUCGAUUUAAAAAUAUCAGAAUUUGAUCUGAUAUUGUCUAUGGAAUUUCUACUGACGCUUCUAACCUUUCUUUCGUCGGUGAAUGAGGAUUAUAGCGAUGCAAACAACACACUGAUGCAAAAUGUUAAUGCUUCAACAACUAAAAUUACAAAAUCACUUAAUCAAAUUGAAGCUGAAAAUGUUGAAUAUUCAACAUAUAAUGUGAAAAUUGAGAAACCUGACAUAGUUUUGGUGGAAAAUCUAAAUAAUAUCAACACAAGCGCUAUUAUUAUCAACUUCGAAUUUUUGGUGAAACAAUGCACGCACGAGAAUAGAAAAGUUAUAAACGGUAUAGUUAAAGAUAUUCAAAUGUACACAUGCUGUUAUAACCCAACUGAAAGGGAGAAAACGAAAAAUCAUUUAAUGUUACCGUUUACAGUUAAUAUCGCAGGCGUCACACCGGAAGACAAAGGUUUACAUGCUGAGGUUUGCUUAACUGAAAUUCGUAUAAAAAUUUCACUCGCAACGAUACAAUUAUUAAAUCGCGCCUACGCAGCAAUGUUUUUAACUGAACAUGAUUCAAAAAUGGAUGGUGAUAACUUUACGAACUUGUAUAAUUUAUGGGAACCUAAACCGUACAAUGAAAAACAAUAUUGGUUCUUUAAAACAAAUGAUACAGAAGAUUCUAUAGAAUACAUUCGUGGUGCAUUAAAUCCAGUUUCUUUUGAGGGGAGAAAAUAUGAAAUGUGUAUAAUAAGAUUACCCAGUUUUAUUGUAACUCUAGAAAUAGGAGAUGGUAACGCGGCAAUGCCUGUAGUAAUGUUACAAUCUAGUUUCGAAGGAAAUGCUCGAGAUUGGAGCACAGAUAUGGUUAUUGAUUCAACUGUAACCGUACAAAUAGUUUAUUACAACAGUAAUAUCGCUGUAUGGGAACCUUUAAUUGAACCUGUUGGUAUUUUCACUGAUAACGGCACAUUAUAUCAGCCAUGGGAAUUAAAAUUGUAUGUUUGUAUGAAUAACGAAAACGGUUCAAGUACUCAAUUGGCACAAGAAGGCGAAGAAAUACAAUUGUCUGGUAUACCGAAGAUAUCUGUUGGCUUUUCAUCAAAUUCGAAUUUAGAAAUAACCGUAUCUAAAGCUACUUUGGAAGCCUUCUCGAAUUUGGGUCAAGCCUUUGCUGAUGAGGCCGAUUUAAAUGCAUUUAAACCAUCACAACGUGAUAAUCCUCCGUAUAAAAUUAUUAAUAGAUCUGGUUUAACGGUGAAAAUUGAUUGUAAUCACAGUAAAUUUCAUGUUUAUCAACAAGCUGGGGAAAAAUCAAUUAUUAUGGAGCAUGGAGUCGAAGUAAUUUUACAACAUAAAGAAAUAGAACGACAAGAUUAUUCUGUAAACCAAAUUUUUCAAAACGCAAAUAUUCCUGAUAAGAAGCUGUAUAUAACGGUGCUUCAAAUGCAAUGGGAAAUUGAGUUAAAUUUAACUAGGCCCGAUACAAGAUUUUUUUCUUUAAAUUAUCGAGAUAAUAGGGAUAUUUGGGGUAUAGUAGUAACUAUGGUAAUAGAACAAAGUACUUUUAAAGUAAUUCUUAGCAGCAUUGUCAAGAUUUACAAUCAUCUACAUCUACCAAUUAACGUUUAUUGUAUAACUCCUAAUGAACAGGAGAAAGAAUUUGUUGGUUCUAUAGAACCAGAAGAAACAUUUUAUGUUCCGGUUAAUGCCGUUUAUACACCUACAUGCGAAUUGUUUUUUUCAAUUCAAAAAUAUUCUGUAACUACUCAACCAUUUGUUUGGAAACAUCUAUAUUUGAAAGUAAAUCAAAUUCAAUUGUUACAAUGUUCACCAACAACGCUAUUAGGACAUUCGGAGCCAUUUGUAAUCAAGACAAUAAGUAAUAUUGAACAAAUUUACAAUGAAAAUACAGUUAAACGUACUAUGAAUAGUAUUUUAUGUAACAUACACAUUCAUCCUUCAGUAUUAUUUCGAAAUUAUCUUCCAUACAAAGUUUCCAUAACCGUGCAAAACAUUGAUGAUGAAUUUUUAGUUGAACCGGGUUGUACUUUACCCAUAACGAAUGGGAUUCCAGGUGCUUCAUACCUAGUGGUUACAAUACCAAACUAUUUGGAUAAAGGGUGGACUUGUAUUCAACAUAUUCCAGCAAGUCCACCUCACUUUUCAGUGUGGACAUUCCACUGCUACGAUAGUACAUUAAACGUCGUUUUAAAUUUGGGUCUACAUUGCGUGGAGGACAAAGGUCCACUAUUAAUGACACUUUAUUGUCCGUUUUGGAUGUUAAAUAAAUCUAAACUAAAUAUAGCCUAUAAGACUUGCCUCGAAAAUUUUAAUGUUAUUCACCAUCCAGCUAAUUUUAAAGGACCAAUACUGUUUACAUUUAGUGCAAAAAAUUAUUUUAUUGCAAAAAAAACUGCGAUAAGGAUUGAAUACGGUGGGGAAUGGUCGGAUAAAUUUUCAAUAGAUGUUGCUGGAUCUUCAGGUGUUAUAAUUUGUAAAUAUGAUUUCAAAUUUUAUCAGUUUGGUAUUAACAUCGAGCUUGCUAAUAAUGGUUUAACCAAACAAGUCACAUUCACACCUUAUUACGUUCUCAUUAAUAAAUCUCCAUUUCCACUUGAGUGCCAGGAGCACAAUCGACCUAGAGAUGCAUGGACAAUUGUAAAUCCCAACAGUUGUGCUGCUUUAUGGCCUGUUGGCGAUUUUGAUGACAAACUUUUACGAAUGCGAGUUGUUGGCACAAGUGCAGUAUCUCCACCAUUUUAUAUCUCUGAUAGUCAUAACACCGUACUAAAACUUGCUAAUAAGUAUGGUGGAAUUCACGUUGAUGUACAAAUUACUGAAGGUGCUGUUUAUAUUACAUUUGCUAAAUAUGAACCAGGAAUGGCAAUAGCUCUCAUUAUUAAUAACACAAGGAAUACAUUAAAUAUUUGGGAAAAGGAUACUGUUCAAUUACUCAAAUUAAAUCCUGGUCAUCAAAUGCUUUAUUCAUGGUCAAAUCCAUCGAAAACGAGGGUUAUAUGUUGGGAAGCCGGUUAUAAAAGAGAAAUCCAAGAUGAUUUAAGAAAAGAUGGUUAUGGUGAUUAUGAAAUAGCCGAAAAUAACCAUGUAUAUUGGACUUCCUUUCUCGAUGGAAUGCAACGCACUCUUUUAUUCACCUGUAAUAAGAAAGUGGCUAGAAACGCACAAUGUGCAGAUAUUUUUGCAAACAUUGAUCAAGAAGUAACGUUCUCAAUUUUCGGACUUGGUCUUUCCAUAGUAAAUAAUAAUUUAAAAAAAGAAAUAAUGUAUAUUGCUUUUGCUAACAGUGGCGUUAUUUGGGAGACUUGCAAACACGGCUCGUAUCGUUAUAAACAGAUGUCAUCUAAGGAAAGUGCCGCAAUAGAGGCUGCUUAUAAACAAUAUUUGUGCAUGAAAAGUAUUGAGCCGAGGAAAGGGAGGAUGGUCGUCGAUUUAGAAACUGAAGUGAACUUUGAAACUCUUAGAAUGUUAAAACCACGCUCGAGAAAAAUUCGGAGGACAUUUCUGCAUGGAUUAUGGUUUCAAAUGUCAACAAAUCCUUAUAUGUUACAGUUUCAUGCUAAAAUCAAUAGGAUUCAAAUUGAUAAUCAAUCUUAUGGUUGUAUGUUUCCAGUUGUGUUGGCUCCUGUAUCACUACCGAAAAGUGUUGCUGGAACUGAUAUACACAAACCCUUUGCUGAGUUAAGUAUAAUGCAAAGGUUAAUCAAACACAGUCAAAUAAAACAAUUUAAAUAUUUUAAAUUGUUUAUACAAGAAUUUGACAUAAAUGUGGAACUUGGUUUUAUUAUGGCUGUCUCAGAGGUAUUUCAAGCAUCUGAAGAUACUUUAGACAAACAGAAAGCGUAUUUUUUACUUGAUGCCGACUUAGUAAAUAAGCCUUUAUAUCAACACGUGUCCCAUCAAUCUCAACAUGAACAAAAAAGCUUUUAUGAUUUAUUGCAUUUUUCACCGUUGAAAAUCCACAUGAGUUUUUCAUUGGGUAGUGCAGGUGGUGCUCAUUUAUCACCAAAUGUUGUUAGCGUUUUGUUGCAAUCCGUUGGUGUUACUUUGACUGAUAUGCAAGGCGUUAUAUUUAGAAUUGCUUACUUUGAAAGAGAAUAUAUGUUUUUAACUCAAAAACAAUUGAUUGGCGAAGCUGUUAGUCAUUACGUUAAACAGGCUGUAAAACAACUCUAUGCGCUUCUAUUAGGAUUAGAUGUCCUUGGAAAUCCUUAUGGUUUCGUGCUUGGAAUUACGAAAGGUGUUGAGGAUUUAUUUUAUGAACCAUUCCAGGGAGCUAUUCAAGGUCCGGGGGAAUUUGCUGAAGGUCUCGCUCUUGGGGUACGCAGUUUUUUCAGUUAUACAAUCGGCGGAGCAGCCGGUGCAGUAGCUCGAAUCACCGGUGCUAUGGGUAAAGGAGUUGCUGCGUUAACAUUUGAUAAGGAAUUUCAACGUAAACGAAGAGAUGCCCUCGCUCGAAAAGCAACCGUGUCUGAAGGAAUUGCAACAUCCGGAAAAGGACUAUUCUUGGGAGUAUUUCAUGGUGUAACGGGUAUUAUCAUAAAACCGAUAUCCGGUGCUAAACAAAAAGGAAUUGGUGGAUUCUUUCAAGGAUUAGGAAAAGGAACUGUGGGCUUGGUUGCUCGACCAACAACUGGGGUAAUCGAUUUUGUAAGUGGUUCUUUGAAUACAGUUAAACGAGUAACCGACUUAACAGCGCAAGAAGUUAAUCGAUUACGCCCAAGUCGAUAUAUUUAUUUUGAUGGUUUAAUUAGACCUUAUAACGAAAGAGAAGCGAUUGGAAACAAGAUUCUUAUUGAAUUGGAAAAAGGAAAAUUUGCAUUAACUGAUAUGUAUCUUCACCACUUUUCCAUUGUUGGUAAAAAACAAAUACUAAUGCUUACUGAUCAAAGAUUAUUGUAUAUUAAACACAAUGAUAUUUUUGGCAUUUGGCAAGCAGAGUGGUCUUAUACAUGGGAUGAGAUCAGCAUGCCACCAAAGGUAGUACCAAAAGGAGUGUUGGUAAUGUCUUCUGAUCAAAAGAAGAAAAAAAAAUUGUUUUCUCGAGCAGAUCUCGGUAAAACAAUAGUGAUUCCUGAUGCUAACUUUGCAGAGUUUAUUUGUUUAGUAAUAAUUGAGGUGCACAGUACACAUUAUUCCUAAAAAAUGAUGGAAGUGUGUAUCACAUUUCUAAACGUUUUUAUAUUUGUAAACACUUUAGUUUUUUAAACUUGUUACUUUGUUUAAUAA